AUGAAACCAUCUCCAGCAGAAAGUCGUCUAAAUGGACGUAUGUUGUGGAUAAUUCUUUUAAGCACAAUUGCUCUAGCGUGGACUACACCAAUACCCUUGAUUGAGGAUUCAGAGGAAAUAGAUGAACCAUGCUUUGAUCCUUGCUACUGUGAAGUGAAGGAGAGCCUUUUCCACAUUUAUUGUGAAAAUAAAGGAUUUACAAAUAUCAGCCAGAUUUCAGAAUCUUGGUCUCGACCCUUUAAACUCUACCUUCAGAGAAAUUUGAUGAGAAAAUUGUACACAAACAGUUUUCUUCAUUUGAACAAUGCCGUGUCCAUUAAUCUCGGGAACAAUGCACUGCAGGACAUUCAGGCAGGAGCCUUUAAUGGUCUGAAAGUUCUGAAGAGGCUUUACUUGCACGAAAACAAACUUGACAUUUUUAGAAAUGACACUUUCAUGGGGCUGGAAAGCUUGGAGUAUCUACAAGCAGACUAUAACGUAAUUAAGAGGAUUGAGAGUGGGGCCUUUAGAAAUCUAAAUAAGCUGAGGGUAUUAAUUCUCAAUGAUAACCAUAUUCCCUUGCUUCCAACAAAUUUAUUCAAGUCUGUGUCUUUAACGCACUUGGACUUGCGUGGAAACCGAUUAAAGAUCCUUUCUUACAAAGGUAUGUUGGAUCAUAUAGGCAGAAGCCUUAUGGAAAUCCAGCUAGCAGAGAAUCCUUGGAACUGUACGUGUGAGAUCGUGCAGUUGAAAAGCUGGCUGGAGCGUAUUCCUUAUACUGUGCUGGUUGGGGACAUUACAUGUGAAAGCCCCUUUCACUUUCAUGGCAAAGAUCUACGGGAUAUAAAACGAGACAAACUUUGCCCCUUGUUAUCGGAAAGUGAGGUUGAGGCUAGCUUGGGUAUACCCCAGCUACCAUCCAGCAGAGAAAAUACAUGGCCUACUAAGCCAUCUUCCAUGUUGUCAUCCUUUCAUGUCACUGCUUCUUCUGUGGAGUACAAGACAUCAAAUAAGCAACCCACUACUACCAAGCAGCCCAGAGCUCCAAAACCUCCACCGACACCAAGAGGCCUUUAUCCAGGUCCAAAUCAACCUCCAAUAGCUGGCUACCAGACUAGACCACCGAUACCAAUUAUCUGCCCAACUGGAUGUUCAUGCAGUUUGCAUAUCAAUGAUUUGGGAUUGACUGUAAAUUGUAAAGAGAAAGGAAUCCACAAUAUUUCAGAACUGCUGCCUAGACCUCUCAAUGCCAAGAAGCUUUACUUGAGUGGUAACUUAAUACAGAAAAUCUACAGGUCUGACUUUUGGAAUUUUUCUUCUUUGGAUUUAUUGCACCUUGGGAAUAACCGAAUAUCUUAUGUCCAGGAAGGAGCCUUUAUCAAUCUCCCUAACUUGAAAAGCUUGUAUUUGAAUGGGAAUGACAUAGAAAGGCUGACGCCUGGCAUGUUCAGGGGUUUACAGAGUUUGAAUUAUUUAUAUUUCGAGUAUAACAUGAUAAGGGAGAUCCAACCUGCUGCUUUCAGUCUAAUGCCAAAUUUGAAGUUGCUAUUUCUCAAUGACAAUCUGCUGAGAACACUCCCAACUGAUGCUUUUGCAGGCACUUCACUGGCAAGGCUAAAUCUCAGAAACAACCACUUUCUUUACCUUCCUGUGGCUGGAGUCCUGGAGCACCUUAAUGCCAUUGUGCAGAUUGAUCUGAAGCAGAACCCAUGGGAUUGUUCCUGUGACAUCGUCCCUCUUAAACAGUGGAUAGACACCAUCAGCUCUGUCAUUGUGGUUGGAGAAGUCUUGUGUAAAAGCCCUGAGAAUCUGACACACAAGGAUCUAAAGUCAAUUGAAAUGGAAGUGUUGUGUCCCGAAAUGCUACAUGCUACCAUAUCUUCUGCUUUACCUGUGGUGCCCACAACCUCUUCAGUGCUUGAUUACAGCACCCCAGGGGGUGCAAUUCCACUGUCAGUUCUCAUACUCAGUCUCCUAAUACUCUUCUUCUCGGCAGUUUUUGUGGCUGCAGGCCUUUUUGCUUUUGUGCUGAGAAGGCGCAAGAAACUACCUUUCCGAAAAAGACAAGAGGUUGAUUUGACUGGCCUUCAAAUGCAAUGUAGAAUUUUUGAGGAUAGACCAAAUAACUCUCCAGAGAAGGCUCCUGGCCAUGUGUAUGACUACAUCCCACAUCCAGUAACCCAGAUGUGUAACAAUCCCAUCUACAAACCUAGAGAGGAAGAGAUGGGGGACGAAUUUUCUGAAACAAAAGAAAAUAACACCAAUUACAGGACCUUAAUAGAAAAAGAGAAUGAGUGGACCAUGGCAGUGUCAAACUCUCAGCUUAAUACAAUAGUUACUGUCAAUCAGAGUGGGGAAGUACCAAGUUUUCAUGAAAAUGGGAUAAUCUUUCCUGGUAUAAUUGACCGGGAACGGCCAGCUCCCACAGUGGGGUUUGUGGACUGCAUUUAUGGCACAGUACCCAAAUUAAAGGAGCUACAUGUACACCCCCCUGGCAUGCAAUACCCUGAUUUACAGCAGGACGCCAGAUUAAAAGAAACCCUACUUUUCUCAGCUGGAAAGGGGUUUUCAGACCAAACCCAAAGUGAAUACCUCGAGUUAAGGGCCAAACUCCAAACGAAGCCGGAUUACCUCGAAGUCCUGGAAAAAAACACAUAUAGAUUCUAA